GUGCUCGUUGUCACAGCAACCCUGCUGGCUGCCAAGGUGCCGGGUGCUCCGCUGAUUGGCAUUGUCUUUGGCACUGUGGUGUGCUGGAUCGAGGGCUGGGUCAAUGGCAUUGAAGGCUCCGUCUUCGGAUAUCCGUUUGGCACCGAAGGUGACAGGUCCGCCAAGGACUUCCACAUCUUUGUGCCCCAUGGCCUGGUAGCGCAGCCCUCGCUUCAGGGCCUCGCUGGGGCGCUUUGGGAGGGAUUUGAUUGGGCCUUCCACCCGGAGACCAGCACCACGUUCUGGACGGCCGUGGCGACCUUCUGUUAUACGGACCUCCUGGACUCUUCGGGCACCUUCUUCGCAGUGGCAAAGGUGGCAGGGCUCACGGACAGCCGCGGAAACCUACCUCUGGCCCGUCAGAACAUGGCGUACCUCGCGGAUGCUCUCUCGAUGAUGGCCGCUGCGACCUCCGACUGGUUCCACGAGUCUACUGCACCGGUAU